AUGCUGACAAAGCCAUGUUGCUCGUUGUCUGCGACGUUCAUCAACGGUUGCAGCGAAUUGUAUACCGCUGGUUUGCCCAAUUUGAUUCACUUUCAGUCUUCCGGCCCAACUAUCGGUAGUUUUGUUGGUACAAAGAGCGUUGCACUGACAUUACCAUUCUUGUGCCCUCCGUUGAUUAUCAGUGACCUUGGAUUUUUGUUCGCCGCCAUAUUUCCUCAAGCCGUGUCAUCGGGGGAUGAAGGCGAUUCAUUUCCUUUACGUCGAUCACUGCCAUUCGAGGUCUUGUUGCAAGAUUGGCGGAGAUGUUGCAUGGGACGAGAUUAA